GUGUGUGUUUAAUUGCUAAAUCAUAUAGUUUAUUAUGUCCUUUCCUAUUGUAACAUAUGCUAAAUCAUAUGGUUUGGAAUCGAGUAAGAAGAGUUGCUUUGGAAACUCUUUGGCAAAAUUCUCAAGGACAUGAGAAGUUGGACACGACUCCGAGGCAAGGCUACCCUGGGUUUGUUUGAUAUGUUCCUCGUUUGUUAUGACUUUUGCAUUACCCUGACCUAACUCCUGUCAGUGUCUUUGGUAUAUAAGACUGCCUACUUCAAAACUGAGCCACGCUGAGAACAUCUGAAUCUAAAACCUAGCACUGUUGCAGGGACCUGUUGGUGAUCAUUUAAUAUACAGUUAAAAUGGCAGCGAAACUGUUACAGCCGUGCCUGCACACCAUUGACCAGCUGCAUAUGGACCAGACUAUGAUGGAGCUGUGGAUCGCUGGGCCACUGAACAUGACAAACAGCCUACCUGAGAAAGUGUCUGGGACUACCAGCACACUGCUGCUCAUAAUCUGCCUGCUGGUGGCAUUUUUCAACAGAAAAACGACCUCUGUACCAGGUCCCUCAUUUAAUCUGGGAUUAGGACCGCUACUAUCUUAUUCACGCUUCAUUUGGACGGGGAUUGGAACAGCAAGCAAUUACUACAAUAAAAAAUAUGGAGACAUUGUCAGAGUGUGGAUCAAUGGAGAGGAGACUCUCAUCCUGAGCAGGUCCUCUGCUGUAUAUCAUGUCCUGAAGCAGUCCAAGUACACAUCCAGGUUUGGGAGCAAGCAGGGCCUGCAGUGUAUAGGAAUGGAUGAGAGAGGGAUCAUCUUCAACUCAAAUGUCACUAUCUGGAAGAAGGUCCGAACAUUCUUUGCAAAAGCGCUGACAGGUCCAGGGCUGCAGCGGACUCUGGAGAUCUGCAUGUCCUCCACCAACAAGCAUCUGGAGCAGCUGGAGCAGCUGAGCAGCCCCGAGGGCCACGUGGACGUGCUCAACCUGCUGCGCUGCGUGGUGCUGGACAUCUCCAACAGACUCUUUCUGGGAGUCCCCUUCGAUGAAAAGGAGCUGCUUUUCAAAAUCCAGAAGUAUUUUGACACCUGGCAAACGGUCCUGAUUAAGCCUGAUAUUUACUUCAAGUUUGAGUGGCUUCAUAACAAACACAAGAGAGCAGCUCAGGAACUUCAAGACACAAUUGAGAGCCUGAUUGAGGAGAAACGGGCAAUGCUGGGCUCUACAGAGAAGUUGGACACCAUUGACUUUACUACAGACUUGAUAUUUGCCCAGAGCCGAGGGGAGCUGACAGCAGAGAAUGUUCGCCAGUGUGUGCUGGAGAUGGUGAUUGCUGCUCCAGACACCCUGUCCAUCAGCAUCUUCUUCAUGCUGCUGCUACUCAAGCAGCAUCCUGAAGUGGAGAAGAAAAUUCUGGAAGAGUUGGACACUAUGAUAGGUGACAAGUAUCUUCGCCAUGCCGACCUUCAGAAGCUACCAGUGCUGGAGAGCUUCAUUAACGAGUCGUUGAGGUUCCACCCAGUGGUUGACUUCACCAUGCGCAGGGCAUUGGCGGAUGAUGUUAUCGAUGGCUAUAAAGUGUCCAAAGGAACCAACAUUAUACUGAACACAGGCCGCAUGCACAAGACGGAAUUUUUCAAGAAGCCGAAUGAAUUCAGUCUCGACAACUUCGACGAAAAUGUGCCCAAUCGAUUCUUCCAGCCUUUCGGCUCAGGGCCGCGCUCCUGUGUGGGGAAACACAUCGCCAUGGUGAUGAUGAAGUCCAUCCUGGUGACGCUACUUUCCCGCUACUCCGUGUGUCCACGCCACGACUGCACUGUUGAAAACAUUCCCCAGACCAACAACCUCUCCCAGCAGCCGGUGGAGGUGGAUGACGCCCCUAUGAUGGUGCGGUUCAUUCCACGAAAGCGUUUAAGGAGCAACCCAGGAAAAGCAUAAUGUCUCACUGCUGUACAGUCUUGUGAUGUUUGUUGUAUUUAUCUGCUCUUUGUAACCACUUUAUGAAAUUUGAUGUAAAUGGUGUAUUUUACUGUGUUUUGUACAUGAUUUAUGUAUUUCAGCUGUGUGUUGUAUUAUAA